AUGGAGAAGUGGGCACAGCAAUUUUUAUUUGCCAAAAAAUCGCCGGAACCUGGAGAGAUUGAUGGGAUGAUGAAGGUGAGUUAGGCUAACUUGGGGCCGGAAAUUUGCGAAAUUUUGAGUCUAAAUAAGCCUGGGUUACUGUAGAGGUACUGUAGAUUUAAAAAAUGCGAAAUUUUCGAUUUUUUGAUACCCCACAAGCCUAGGGUUACUGUAGAUCAUUUUUUAUGAGCUACAGUAACCCAAAAACACGUGGGGGAAAAAUUGAUCUACCAAAACAAAUUGACACAAUUUUUGACACGUGGGGUUUCAUUACAGUAGCCUGGGUUAAUUUGCACCAAAUUUUGAGCUACAGUAACCUACAGUAACCCUAGCCUUAUGUAGGCUCAAAAAAUCCCAAAUUUUGAGCUACAGUAACCUAUAGUAACCCUAGGCUUGUGGGGUAUCAACAAAUCGCAAAUUUCGCAUUUUUUUUAAAUCUACAGUAACCUACAGUAACCCUAGCCUUAUGUAGUCUCAAAAAAUCCCAAAUUUUGAGCUACAGUAACCUACAGUAACCCUAGCCUUAUGUGGUCUCAAAAAAUCCCCAUUUUUUGCAGCUCUACGUCGGCCCUGUCCCUUUAAUCUUCCUGGGAAUUCCGGAAGCUGUCAGGCCAGUUCUGGAGAGUACUGUAAACAUUUCCAAACCUGAGCAAUACAAUAAACUUCGCGAUUGGAUUGGAACCGGCUUAUUGACGUCGACUUUUGAAAAAUGGUUUGGGCGCAGGAAAAUUUUGACACCAACUUUUCAUUUUUCGAUAAUUCGCGAAUAUUUUCCCAUUUUUUCGCAACAGGGAGAGGUAAGCAAUUUUUUUGAGCAAAAUUUGGCUCAGUUUGAUACCAAAUAUGCUUAUAUGAAAGUUAAUAUGAGCAAUACCCCAAAAUUCUGGAUUUUCUGGUUAAAGGAAGCCUCCCAGUCAUAUUUUUAACAUGAGCAAUGCCUCAAAAAAUCUUGGAUUGCUCAUGUUAACAAUUUUCUUAAAGGAAGCUUAUAAGACAGUUAAUAUGAGCAAUAUAUUAAAAUUUUGGGUUUUCUGGUUAAAGGAAGCCUCCCAGUUAUAUUUUUAACAUGAGCAAUGCCCUAAUUUUUUGCAGAUUCUCAUAGAUUUGCUAGAAUCCCGUGCUGACUCGCCGGAUUUUUUCGACAUUUUCCCGUACCUCAAAAAAUGCACACUCGACAUAAUUUGCGGUACGGUAGAGAUCGAAUUUUGGCGCCAAAAAAAUUACUGUAGAUCAAAAAAAAUUUUUGUUUCAGAAACCGCAAUGGGCUCACAAAUCAAUGCACAACUCGGGGAAAACAAUCAAUAUGUGCAGGCCGUGAAGCGGAUUUCGGAGCUGACUUGGGCCUAUAUCAAGUUCCCGUGGCUGUGGUGGAGGCCCGUUUGGUACCUAUCGGGCCUGGGUGGAGAAUUUGACCGGAAUGUGAAGUUGACCAAUGAUUUCACAAGAAAGGUGGGAUUUUUGGGAGCAUUUUGAGCCUAGAUAAGCCUGGGUUUGGGCUUAGGCUUAAGCUGAUCAGGCCUGGUUUUUAGGCCUGAAAAUUUGGAGCAUUUUGAGCCUAAAUAAGCCUGGGUUUAGGUUUAGGCCUAGCCUGAUUAGGCCUGGUUUUUAGGCCUGAAAAUUCGGAGCAUUUUGAGCCCAAAUAAGCCCGGGUUUAGGCCUGAAGGCUUUAAACUACAAAAUUUUUUGGAACUUUUUUUGGCACCAAAUACUACAGUAACCCUAGGCUUAUUUGGUGUCAAAAAACGUCAAAUUUUGCCGAAUUUUCCAAAAAUUUGAAUUUCAGGUCAUCCAGGAGCGAAAAGAGGCGCUGAAAAAUGAGCAAUGUUUCGAGGAGCCGCCACGUGGCAAAAAACGAGCAUUUCUGGAUUUGUUGCUCAGCUUACAGCAAAGCGGAGAUGGUGGGCUAAGUGAUGAGGAUAUUCGAGAGGAAGUUGACACUUUCAUGUUUGAAGGUACUGUAGCUGGGGGUACUGUAGGGGAAAUUUGCAGCAUUUUGAUACCCCACAAGCCUAGGGUUACUGUAGAGGUACUGUAGAUCAAAAAAAUGCGAAAAUUUCGAUUUUUUGAUACCCCACAAGCCUAGGGUUACUGUAGAGGUACUGUAGAUCAAAAAAAUGCGAAAAUUUCGAUUUUUUGAUACCCCACAAGCCUAGGGUUACUGUAGAGGUACUGUAGCUAAAAUAAUACAGUAACCCUAGGCAUAUUUGGUCUCAAAAUGCGUCAAAUUUUCCCGCCAAAAAAUCUACAGUAUCCCUCGUACAAGCUACAGUACUCCACUAUUUUUGUUAGCACAAAAAUUUGCCACGUUUUGAUACCCCACAAGCCUAGGGUUACUGUAGACCAAAAAAGUUCCAGAUCAAUUUUCCCUACAGUAAACCUAGGCAUAUUUGCUCUCAAAAUGCUCCAAAUUUUCGCGCCCUACAGUACCCCUACAGUACUCCUUGUAGGUCACGACACAACAGCCAGCGGAAUCGGAUUCACCAUGCUAUUUCUGGGUUUUCACCCGGAAAUCCAGCAAAAACUGCACAACGAGAUGGAUGAGAUAUUCGGUACAGUACUCUAGACCUACAGUACUCCAAAACUACAGUAAUUUUUUUAAAGGAACAUCCAACCGUAACCCAACUAUGGAGGAUAUCAAAAAAUGUGUGUAUUUGGAAAAAUGCAUCAAAGAAUCGUUGCGAAUGUUCCCCUCAGUUCCUAUAAUUGCACGGCGUUUGGACCAAGAUGUUACUGUAGGUGAGUUGAUUUUGGGGCCAAAAAAAAUGACGUCAUCGUUUUCGCCGCAAAAUUUGCAGCAUUUUGA